AUGCAGUUCAUCACACUCGUCGCUUCCCUCACCGCCGCCGCUUCCGCCGCCGUCGCUGCGCCCUCCGCUCAGGAGGCUCGCAGCACCUCGUACCUCAGCGGCGCCAACUCCGGUGACGGCACUUUCUAUGCGACUGGCCUCGGUGCUUGCGGUAUCACCAACACCGACACCGACUAUAUCGUCGCUGUCUCACAGGAGUUAUUCGACUCUUACCCCGGAGCAGGCGCGAAUCCCAACAACAACCCUGUCUGCAAUAAGAAGAUUAAGGCGACUUACGGCGGCAAGAGUGUUACUGUCACGGUUACUGACCGCUGCACGGGCUGCAGCCUGACCUCCCUUGAUUUCUCGCCCUCCGCCUUCGACAAGCUCGCAGACGAGUCUGUCGGUCGUAUCCACAACGUUAAGUGGGCCUGGGCUUAA